AUGCAAACCAAAGCGAAAUCAAUCAAAGCAUUAUUGCUACAGGAAUUCUCGAAUCCACCGGACGAUAGUAGCGAAACAAGUGACCAAUGGGAAGUUGACCAUUUCGGUUUGACAAUAACAUUAUCAGCUCUUCACAAUGAAAUUGUGCGAUAUCUCCGCUUUCGCAAUGGAUUUCUCCAAUCGCAUCAUUCAUGUUUCAAGUUUAGGUAUGCGAGGGAUACGAUACAAUCGAUCCAUGCAAAUUUCUCCCUUCGACUCUUAUCAAAUGCAGCAGAUGAAGAAGUUAAUGCAGUACUAUCGCCAUUAUCACUGGCAAUAACAUUAUCAUUGGCUAGUGCUGCGGCAAGUGGUAUUACAAGAUUGCAAAUAAAUGAUGUUUUCGCGAAAGGUUUCAGUAAUAGUGCAGUGCAGAAAUACUAUUCAUUGCUAGCCAACAGAUUACUGCUAGGAAAUAAUGGUACCAUAAUAGCACCAGGUCUCCUCGUUGUUCUACAUCUUUGUGACCGUAAUCGUGGUCCGAUAAGCAAUGCUAUGAUAGAUAUCGCACGAGAUUACAUGGCUGACAUACUUCAAUUUGAUUGCAAAAAUAGAUCAGCCACUGUUACGUUUAUCAAUCAAUGGAUUGCAAACCAAACGAAAUCAGAAUUUAAAAUCUUUACGAGAAAUGUUUAUAAUGUAGACUGGCAUUUUAUGCUUGUCGAUAGCUUUUAUUUGAAUGCUGCUUGGCAUUAUCCAUUUGAUGAGAGGAGAACAACUGCGAAAGAUUUCUACGUCAACGAACAUACUAUCACUCAGGCAGGUUCUAUUCAUUUGCAUGAUAGCAAAGUGGAAAUGAUGUCUAUGUGGGCAUUUGAUAAAUUUAAAUACACCGAAGACGCUGAUGUCCAAGUUCUCGGUCUUCCCUAUGAAUUGAAUUCAGAUCUUUUCCUUUAUAUAUUUUUACCACGAGAGAAAUUUGCAUUAAGAAAUGUUGUGCGCGAAUUGACUGGACGUCGUCUUCUAUUUUUGAUUGCAAGAUGUAAAAUAAUGGAUGUUGAGGUUGAAAUACCUCGAUUUUCAAUCGAAAAUCAUUUCGAAUUGAAUUUACCGUUGGCAAAUCUUGGAAUAGUGGAAGCAUUUACCAGUCGUGCUGAUUUUCCAGCUAUUUCAGUUCAAAAGAUGCAUGUUUCGACGCUUAUUCAAAAAACACAAUUUGAAAUUAAUGAGAAAGGUUCAUAUCCGCUAAACAGCACUCAUGAUAUAGCAAACGAUGAAUUAACCGUUCUAUGGCAGGGUGGACAUGUCAAAUUUAUUGCCAAUCAUCCAUUUAUGUUUGUCAUCACAAAAAUCGAUCAAAUGAUUCUUAUAGGGCACUAUUCCAGUUAA